ACUAAAUGUCACAACAGUCAGUCACAAGUAGCACCGCGAAUCCUGCCUUUUGAUGCCCGAGUUUUCCUCUCAUGCGAAGUCAUAGCGCGUCGAAGCCUGUAAAACACCCAAUGCUGCUAUAGGAUUAACCACAGCUGCUAAGUGUGUUUGUUUUUUAACGCAUUGUAAUCGCGGUAAUGGAGUGUCGUAUACUGUCCAUCCAAAGUCAUGUUGUUAGGGGAUACGUUGGGAACAAGUCAGCAACAUUCCCGUUACAGGUACUGGGCUUUGAAGUCGACUCAAUCAACUCUGUGCAGUUCUCUAACCACACAGGCUACGCCCACUGGAAAGGGCAAGUAUUGACUGCAGAGGAGCUAAAUGUGUUGUAUGAGGGCAUAAAGCUCAAUAACGUGAACCAUUAUGACUACAUCCUCACAGGUUAUAGCAGGGAUACGUCAUUCCUGGGGAUGGUAGUUGACAUUAUUCAGGAGCUGAAGAAGGCCAAUCCGUCCCUUGUAUAUGUUUGUGAUCCUGUAAUGGGCGACCACGGCGCUAUGUAUGUUCCAGAGUGUCUGUUGCCAAUCUACAGAGACAAAGUUGUGCCUCUUGCUGACAUCCUCACCCCAAACCAGUUUGAAGCAGAGUUAUUGACUGGCAGGAAAAUCAACACAGAGGCAGAUGCUAUCCAGGUGAUGGACCUGCUUCAUGAUUUGGGUCCAGAGACUGUGGUCUUGACUAGUACAGACCUGCCAUCAAAAUAUGGGGACCAGUUUCUGGUGGCCCUUGGAAGCCAGAAAAUAGUGAAGGCAGAUGGGACCAACACCAGUCAGAAAAUCUGCAUGGAUAUCCCCAAGGUCGACGCUGUGUUUGUUGGGACCGGAGACUUGUUUGCUGCCCUGUUGUUAGCCUGGACUCACUAUCACCCUAAAGAUCUAAAGGUGGCCUGUGAAAAGACAGUUUCGGUCAUGCAUCAUGUCAUUAAGCGGACCAUUACUUAUGCCAAUGAGAUUGCCGGCCCUGGGAAAAGGCCCAGUCCUGCACAGCUAGAGCUGAGGAUGGUUCAGAGCAAAGCCGACAUUGAAAAUCCUGCCAUUGUAGUGGAGGCUAAGGUUUUACAGAAGUCUUCACACUGAAGAGGGAAAUAUUUUUGUGAACACUCUCACUGUGCUGGUACAAAUCAGCUUCUAAUCAAGGUUGUUCACAAGUUACACAUACAAUUUUUUUCCAUCCAAUACUUGCACAUGUCCUUGCCUUACAAAAUGUCAGAAGAAAGAGGAUUCUUCUUGUGAAAGGGGUCAGCAGGGUUGGUUUUAUGCAUACUGUACUUAUGAACACACUUGAGAUACUGCCAAAUGUGUUUGAACCAUGGCCUGUGUAGACAGCAGACAUUGGCCCUUUAAAACAACAUUAGUCAACAAGGUGGAUGUAUAAACAUAGUGUAUGAGUACUUGAAUUUUCCUUAACAAGGGGAAACUACUUCUUGCUAUGAAAUACUCAUCUAGAGAUAAACUAAGAAUACACAGGAUGCCAGCGGUGCAUGCAUUAUCAUUCCUCUACCUUUUGUUUCCAGCAAGUUAAGAUUCUUUACAUUUACUUAAAGUGUGAUCCUAAUAAGGCAUUUUAACCACAUAAUUAAUGUAUAAUGAUAAAUUAGGCCCAAGGAAAUAAAUAAUGGAAAUUCCAUUGUUUACAGAUUUAGAUAAGAAACUUAUUUUUUGUCUAAAAUGAAUGUAUUAAAAAUAUGAAUGCUUAAAGCGUGCUCAUAACAUACUUGGGUGUUUCCAUUAUUCUUUAGGUUAAGUAAUGAUUAUUACAUGCAGGCUGGAUGUGUUACAAGUUUGGGAAAGCAUUUUCUUUCAUAAAAUAUGUAACAUCUUAUGCAAUUUACAAUAUGUAGUCCCUGUAGUUUUAUUAUUUGUUUUAAUUUGUAUUACUUUCAAUGUUUUUUUUACUUUAAUGUUAAUCAUGAUAACAGCUUAUGUCUAAAGCUGAUUUUUAAUCAAUUUUCUUAAAAUGAUUUUACUAGCAAGAUAUAGCAUGAUAAAUGAAUGUCUUAAACAUCUCAAAUUGAGGUAUUUGCACAGAUAAUCAUUAAUAUAUUGACAAGUGAUCAUUGUUUUCAUAUUAAAAAGUUGUCAUAUCUCAGCAAGAGUUGUAAUGAGAGACCCAACUGAAUGUUUUCUUGUACUAAUGAAAUGGUUAAUCCUCUCAAAUAAUGUUAGACAAGUGCCAAACCUUAAGUUGCCGCUCUGAUUUAGAGCAAUGUAGUAACGUUAAUAAAUUAUUAAUCCUU